UUGACCUAGCUUAACUUACAUUGAGUUUUGUUCUUAGAGCCCAAAACAGUCAUAGAAACUUACUUUAAUGUAAGAGUUUUGAGCUCGAAUUGUGUGCUUGCUAUUGUUUACAUCGACUUUUUAUUGGAAAUACUCGCCUAGCUUCCAAACUAAAGAGGUUUAACGAAAACAUGCACAGUGAUCAGUGUAGAAAUGUCAGUCUUCCAUCUGUCUUCAUCUGCUUGCAGCAGCCAAGAGCAAUGAACCUGGAGCGCAAAGACAGAGGAGAGCGGCCCUCACCUCGAGGCCCGGACAUGGAAGCCCGUGCUGGGGGGAAGAUGGGAAAGGCCAGCGUGGGAUUCCAGAGGAGCUCCACCUCCGAUGACGACUCCGGAUGUGCACUGGAGGAGUACGCCUGGGUGCCGCCGGGGCUCAGGCCGGAGCAGGUCCAGAUGUAUUUCUCCUGUCUGCCUGAAGACAAGGUGCCGUACGUGAACAGUCCAGGAGAGAAGCACCGGAUCCGUCAGCUCCUCUACCAGCUUCCACCUCAUGACAGCGAGGUGCGCUACUGUCAUUCUCUGACAGAAGAGGAGAAGAAGGAGCUCCUCAUGUUCAGCUCCCAGAGGAAGAGGGAGGCACUGGGCCGAGGGGCGCCCAAGAUUCUCCCCAGAGCCUUGCAGCACGCUCGCUGUGAAAACUGUUGCAGUGGCAUUAAUGGAGACGAGAUGGCAGUUUUUGCGUCCAGAGCCGGGCCAACCCCCUGCUGGCACCCAGCAUGCUUUGCGUGCUCUACGUGUCAAGAACUGCUGGUGGAUUUGAUCUAUUUCUACAACAACGGCAAGAUCUUCUGUGGAAGGCAUCAUGCUGAGCUCAUCAAACCACGAUGUUCCUCUUGCGAUGAAAUCAUCUUUGCUGACGAGUGUACGGAAGCAGAGGGCCGUCAUUGGCACAUGAAGCACUUCGCUUGCUUCGAGUGCGGGACAAUGUUGGGCGGGCAGCGGUACAUCAUGAAAGAUGGAAGACCUUUCUGCUGUGGCUGCUUCGAGUCACUAUAUGCAGAGUACUGCGAGGCCUGUGGUGAAAACAUCGGGGUCGAUCAUGCUCAGAUGACCUAUGAAGGAGUGCACUGGCAUGCCACUGACCAGUGCUUCUGCUGUGCCCAGUGUAAGACCUCACUGCUUGGUUGUCCCUUCUUGCCCAAGCAAGGUCGUAUCUACUGUUCCAAGGCGUGCAGUCAGGGGGAAGACAUUCACGCCUCCGACUCCUCGGAUUCUGCGUUCCAGUCGGCCCGGUCUCGUGAAUCGCGCCGCAGUGUCCGCAUUGGGAAGAACAGCAGACCGGCAGAACAGUGGAGACAGUCACAGUUGUUCAAUCUCUACAAGUAUGGGGACGGUGAAGGGGAUGGAGAUGCUGAUGGCAAUAUUGAUAUUGUGGGGCAGAAACUUGCCCGCCUCGACCUGGAGGAGGAAAGGUUUUGGAGGGAAAGGGAGGAACAGGAUCCCGGUGGUGAGGAGGAUCCAGAGGAAUGGGCCCAGCAUGAGGACUUUAUGACUCAGCUCUUGCUCAAGUUUGGUGACAGUGGAAUACUACACCAACUUCAGCAGCCAUCUGUGAAAUCACCCAGUUCCACCAAUGACAGAAAUAGGCUAUUAAGUGUAUCUGAUCCAUGGCUGAAAGCAGAGUCCACAUUGAUGGGGAUUAACAGCUCCUCUCCCACCCCUGCCAGCCCCACUCAGAGCCAGAUCUCCAGCCAAUCCCUAUCAAACAGCCUCAGUCCAGGAUUAAUGGACAAGAAGCACCUACCUGAAAUGUAUUGGGCCCAGUCACAGGAUGGACUGGGAGACUCCGCUUAUGGGAGUCACCCAGGUCCUGCAAGUGCCAGAAAGAUUCAAGAACUGGAGCUGGACCAAGAGCAGGAACAGUCUGGUGCAGGAAGACAGGCUUUCUGGCCAGAGACAAGGGAGUGGUAUGACGAUUCCCUAGAAUGUAUUGCUGAUGAGCUGAGGAAAGUGGAGAAGGGCGUUGGAGAUUCCAUGGACUCUCUGGCACUCUCAAAUAUUACAGGUACAUCCGUGGAUGGAGAUACCAGGGACAGACCAGCACUCUAUUCUCUUCACGCAAUGCAAGAUUCCUCUGCGCCUGAUGAAUGCGAGAAGUUGAGCAACAUGGGAACCUUCAAUUCCUCGCUCACCUACAGCAUGGAAAAAGGGGUGGAGGAGGCCGAGCAAGGGCUGGUGCUCGGAAUGAGGGGAGGCAUACCAGUGGGACUCCACUCUCCACAACCUGAGUGCCUCUCUCCAUCCUUUGUUCAACCUCCAGCUCUAAGGAGGAGCAAGUCGCAGUCCAGGCCACCUCAGAUGGUCAAAUUCUCCGAAGACACCGUGGACAAUGGAUACAACAAUAGCUAUGAGGCCAGCGUGGCAAAGCAUCCCAUGAGCGAGAAGCCCCAGAGGAGGCUGUUCUACCCGGAGGAGAUGGGCAGAGAGAGAAGCCGCUCCACGAGUCACCAAGGGCGCAGCAGGCAGCACCAUCACCGACAGAGCCGACACCACAGGAGCCGCAAAUCCCGCUCGGACAAUGCCCUUCACAUGAUGCCCGUGGAGCGAGCUCACAGACCGUUUGAGCAGCAGGUUCUCAGAGACCCCCAGCGCGGUGCCAUCCACCUCCAGCAACCCCCACACAUGUUGCCCCUUGCCUACUCCCAGACCCGAUCCGACUACAUGCUCCGCUGCUCGGCGCAGAACGACCCACGCCUUGCACAUUUCGCAGAAUUCCAGAGAGACGAGGACGACUGGUGCUCCACUUGCUCCUCCUCGUCCUCGGACUCUGAAGAAGAGGGCUAUUUCUUGGGGCAACCGAUUCCUCAGCCAAGACCUGCCGGGCACUACUACGCAGAGGACUACCCCACGCGGGUAACAGCCCUGAGCCCCGGCUCUCAGACCGGUCGCCGGAAGAAUCGCCGCUCCAAAAACUGCAUCAUUUCCUAACAACCAUCUGAACGUCAGACUGCCAGUUCUGUCAGGCUAUUUCAUCAUUUUGAUGGUUCGGCUCACCACAGGUUUUAGAAGUUCAAUCGUCACCAUAUUUUGCCAAAACCGUAAAGUUGGACACUCUUGGAAACUUUCCCCCCACCUUUUUAACAAGCCUUUUUACCAUUCCCAUCAUGCUUUUCAAAACUUCAUUUGUGCAUUAAAAAAAGCAAUGCUAUUGUACAAAAGUGCUUCAUUACAGUAGAUAAUAAGAACUAACACAUUAUUUAAUGCACAAUAGCACAAAAUCAAAAUGUAUAUAUUAAGUUAAGAUUUUAUUAAUGGUAUUUUUCUAUACACGGUUUAAAGGACUGUUUCAUUCUGAAGUGUAUAAUGAGAAACAUAGCAUUUGUGCAUUUAAAAAAAUGGUGGCUAUUUAAUAAGAUGUAUUAAAGAAGGUACCGGGUAAGAAAUUUGUCUGUUUUGGUGCAGAAAUCAUAAAGCAGCAGACAGCAAUAUUUCCACCUGUUUGAUAGUGAAAGUUGGAGAAAAUAAAAACUUUGUGAUUUAAGGAUGCUUGUAAUAAACCAUUUUCCUCCCUUGAAAUAAAAGAAAAGAAGGUC